CAGAGGGAACAGAACAACAGAACUGUGUCCAAGGCCAGAGAGGUUACCAGAACAUUCUUUCAUUUUGCUUCUCACAGUUUUGCAUUUGUUUUGCAAAAAUGUCCACUGCAGAUGCUGAAGAGGUUACCAAGACAGACAAGGGUGUCACCCAUGAAUCCAGCAUUCUUGUGAAGGCAUCUCCAGCAAUGGUCUUGGAGGAUGCCAAAAUGACUCAAAAAUGCAACAUGCUAAUAAGUGUUGACAAAGAGGAAGGACAAGAGUCAGUGCCAAACAUUCUGAACACUAUCUUACAAGAGACUGCAGAGAUCCAAAAUACUGCUAAAAAUAUACAGGCCCAGGAAGGUCACCCCCAGCUAAUGAAUGAGACUAAGUAUAAACAGGACGGAAAGAAUGAAAUGUCCUGCAGCCUCUAUUCUCUGAUGCCUGAGACGUUGGAGACCCGGCAUGCUAAAGAUGUCUAUCAGCUCCAGAGUGAUGUAAAGUACAAGGAAGCAAGGAAAAAGGGUACAACCACCUCUCUCUACUCUCUACUACCUGAGACUGUUGAGACUCAGCACGCCAAAGAAAUUUCCAUGCUUCAAAGUGACAACAAGUAUAGAGAGAGGGAUAAACAGAGCCUUACCUCCAGCCUCUACUCCCAGCUCCCAUAUACCACAGAGACCCAAUUUGCUGCAAAGAUCUCAGGCCUACUCAGCAAGACUAAGUAUAAAGAGGAAGGGAAGAAGAGCAUCUCUUCUAGUAUCUAUUCUCAGCUGCCAGAGACUACAGAGACUCAGUUUGUCAAAAUGUUAUCUUAUAUGCAGAGUCAGACUAAGUAUAAACAGGACGGAAAGAAUGAAAUGUCCUGCAGCCUCUAUUCUCUGAUGCCUGAGACGUUGGAGACCCGGCAUGCUAAAGAUGUCUAUCAGCUCCAGAGUGAUGUAAAGUACAAGGAAGCAAGGAAAAAGGGUACAACCACCUCUCUCUACUCUCUACUACCUGAGACUGUUGAGACUCAGCACGCCAAAGAAAUUUCCAUGCUUCAAAGUGACAACAAGUAUAGAGAGAGGGAUAAACAGAGCCUUACCUCCAGCCUCUACUCCCAGCUCCCAUAUACCACAGAGACCCAAUUUGCUGCCAAGAUCUCAGGCCUACUCAGCAAGACUAAGUAUAAAGAGGAAGGGAAGAAGAGCAUCUCUUCUAGUAUCUAUUCUCAGCUGCCAGAGACUACAGAGACUCAGUUUGUCAAAAUGUUAUCUUAUAUGCAGAGUCAGGCAAAGUACAAGCAGUCUGGUAAAAAGGCACUAUCUUCUGCUGCCUACUUUCUUUUACCAGAAACACGAGAGACACAGCAUGCUAAAGAACUCUCUCCGCUUCUGAGCAAGAAUAAAUACAAGGAGAAAAGUGAGACAGGGAUGUCAAAUUGCCUGUACUCCCUGCUGCCAGAAACUACAGAAACUCAGUUUGCCAAAGCUAUGUCUGAACUACAAAGUGAGACCAAAUACAAGCAGAAAGGAAAGGAGGAGCUUUCCACUAGCAUCUUCUCCCAUCUGCCCCAAACGUGUGAUAUACAAUUUGCCAAAGAGAUGGCCAAGCUGCAGAGUGAGAAUAAGUACAAAAGAGAAACUCAGUUGGAACACUCUAACUGCCUCUAUGCUCAGCUGGCCGAGACACUUCAGACUCAGUUCGCUAAAGAGUUGGCAUCUGCACUGAGUGAGUAUACGUAUAAACAGGAAGGGAAAAAGGAGCUUGUCAACUGCCUCUAUGCUCUCCUGCCUAAAACCAGAGAGACACAGCAUGCCAAGGAGCUUUCUCAGCUCUACAGCAAGAAAAGCUAUGAAGAAAGAGAGAAGGAAAAUACAAAAGCAUGUCUUUAUGCCAAGAUGCCACAGACUGUUGAGACAGUGUUUGCUGAGGAAGUGACCAAAAAUCAGAGCAACAAACUGUACAAGGAAAACUACAGUGCAGAGAAAGGGAAGUCUGUCUACGCUUACAUGAAAACACUGCCAGAGGUGGAUCACGCCAUGGAGGUCAACAGGCAGCAGAGCAGUGUGACCUAUAGAAAGAGUCAAGAGGUGCACAAGUAUCAUGAGGUGGCGGAUAGACCUGACAUCCUGUGUGCUAUAAAGGCUACAAAACUAGCUAGCAAUGUGACCUAUAGAAAGAGUCAAGAGGUGCGCAAGUAUCAUGAGGUGGCGGAUAGACCUGACAUCCUGUGUGCUAUAAAGGCUACAAAACUAGCUAGCAAUGUAUACUACAAGCAGAAGUUCACGAAAGCCCAGAAGCCGCAGUACAAUCCAAAGGACUGUGUGUCAUUUAAACAUUCACAAGCUGCCUCAGCGAUUGUGAGUCAGGUGCAGUACCGGAAGAAGUAUGAACAGGUUAAAGGACAUUACCACUUCACCCUGGACACAGCAGAACAGAUCCACCAUAAAGAAAAUACAGUUCUGCACAGUCAGGUCAAGUAUAAGCAUGAGUAUGAGAAGAACAAAGGUAAACUGAAGAUGGAGUUUGUUGAUACACAGUUCUACAGAGUGUCCAAGGAGGCUCAGAAAAUGCAGAGUGAGAAGAACUACAGAAAGGAUCUGGAGCUGGAGGUAAAGGGAAAAGGCCUGACUAGUGUAGAAGAGACACCAGAUCUCCUGCGAGUCAAGAAUGCUGGACAGGUCCUCAGUGAGAAAGAGUAUCGUAAGGAUUUGAAAAAGAAGAUCAUAGGAAAGGGCAUGGAUAUCAGCAGUGAUACAAUGGAGAUGCAGAGGGCUAAGAAGGCUUCAGAAUUGAUCAGCCAGAAGAAGUAUAAGAGUAAUGCAGAGAACCUGAAGUGUUUGUAUGCUGUGGUGCCAGACACACCUGACAUAGAGAGAGUCAAGACCAACCAGCGCAACAUCAGUUCAGUAAGGAACACUUGGAAUGCAAAAUUGAUGAAGGGACUGAUGUCAUCAGUCACUGAGACUCCAGAGAUUGUCUUGGCUAAAGAGAAUACCAAGAAGAUUAGCAAUGUUGAGUACAAAAAGAAGGUUGGCAGUGGGACUUCAGUGAACUGCACUCCUGAAAUGGAAAGAGUGCAGAGGAACCAGAGGAACAUCAGCUCAGCAAAGUACCAUGAGGACUUAGAUCGGAUGCGUGGGAGGGACUGUACUGCUGCACUAGAAAACCAAAACAUGGGACAUGCAUUGGAAAUAGAUGGAAAAGCAGGCCAAAAGGUGUGGCGGAUGGAUCCAGACUCCAUAUUUGAUUUUGACCCUGUGGAGGACAAUAUUCAGUCUAAAAGCCUGCACAGAAUGUGUGAGCAAGGUGCCUAUGUGAUUUGGCAGCAGUCUGCGCAUUUCAUACCUUCCUGUAUGCAGUCUGUGUGCACCUCUUUGAUGUCUGAGCCAUUGGGUGAUGAAAGUGUCUACAGCAGCACACAGGAUACAGCUAGUGCAGCUUCUGCUUCUUCAGGUGAUAACCAGCCAAGUGUCCACAUUCACCAGACCAACAUAAAGGCUUCUCCUCACUGUGCCACUAUGAGUAUUUAUCGCGCUGUGUAUGAUUAUGCAGCCCAAGAUCAUGACGAAGUCUCCUUUCGGGGUGGUGAUGUCAUCAUCAACGUACAGCUAAUCGAUGAGGGUUGGAUGUAUGGCACUGUCCGGAGAACAAGGAAGUCUGGCAUGCUCCCUGCUAAUUACGUGGAGUGUUUCAGCUAAAGUUGACUCUCAGAGUACUUCACAUCAGCAAGCCUGUUUCAGCAUUAGUGCUUAAAUUAUACUCUAACUAUUAUUUUAAAAACAACACAACACAUAUAUGCCUAGUUAAGGACAACACAUUUUGUGCAAGGUUCUACAUAGCAAUAGAAAGGGUUCUUCUACUGUUACAUAACAAUGGCAGAAUUCUUUUUGCUACUGUGUAUAGCACCUUUUUCAAAAAGGUUUAAUUAGCCUUUGUGGAUGAAGCGCCAAACUUUUCAUAGUCAGUGUUUCUCAGAAUUUUUUUCUGAGCCCAUGGCCUUGUCCAUUGCAUGCAGAGAUUUCUCCAGGUUCUCUGAAUUAAGCUGCAUUUUUACAGUGGUAUUUAGUGAGUAGUCAUUAUAUUGUAGCCAAUCAAAAUUGUAUAUCUGCAAUCAUAUUUGCAAGCUGUCCAUUCACUGCUUAAGGCACAUCCAGUUCCAAAGCCAAACACAAAUAAAAAACCGGGUCAUAGUAAAUAUAUGAACUUGGCAAAGUGUUAGGGCGCCCUGGGUUCUAUUAACUUGGUUUAGUAGCUUUGAACUAAUUUAUUGCUUAUUUGAGGAUUGUUUCCAGCUUAAUGACUGCAAAAAGUAUACGUUGGCGGUGCCUCCAGUAAAUUAAGGGGACAGGAACUAUGCUAGUACCCUCCUCUGAUAAAAUAAACAGCACUUAAAAUACUUAAAUGUAGGAUGUAUAUAGUUGUUGGAUUUAAUUUACCACAAAAAAGUGUAGCGGACACCCCAAUCUAGGCAAACCAGAAUCACACUGCUAGGGAGGACUUCACAUUCCUGAGCUCAGGACUUUUUCAAAGGUCAAGCAGAUGUCAUCCAAACAGGAUUAGGGUGCCUACAAGUUUUAUGACUCAAAGGAGGUUAUCUUGAAAAUACGGACACAGUGGGAGACCUACAACCCCCUUUUCCAAUUUCCACCAUUCAAGAAGUCCAGAGAUUUUGUUUUUAGUAUUAUGUCUAGAAAUACGGAGUGACCAAUAUGUAUCGUGAAUGUGGUUUUCUUUUAUUUCCUUUGGUCCUUUCCUUUUGUGGUCAAUUUUAGUUCUUCAACAUUUAUACAGUCUAUAGUAUAGGAAAAGCAUUACCCAUGUUCUUUAGCAUGUGUUGUGUAUCAGGUACCGAGGGUUAAACUGUCCCUUAUAAACAUAUCUGAAUAUUCUGUUCAUCCAUUGAUUCUGAAAGUUUAACCAAGUUGAUGAUAUAAGAAUGUUCCUUUGUUUAAACUAACUCAAACAAAGAAGGCAGCGAUUCUGGGGAAGGUGUUCCUAAAAUUAUGCACAACCAAUCAGGGUUGGAAACAAUGAAGUUAAUUAAGUGUUGGGUCAGGAAAACCUAUCAGCACUCUGGUUCCACCCCAAGGGGAAGGGUCAGCAGUUGGAGCAAAACCCCAGGUUACAGAACUUUUGGGGGAGAAAGGGAGAAAGAGACGAGACAGAACAGAGAGACAGAGUGAGCAGGAGUCAGCUUUGUCAACCAGAAGAUAGCUGAACUCCUAAGUUUGUGCCGGCCUCAGUCAGAGAGACAGGCCAGAACGCUCCAAGAUCAGAUCUGCUUAGAUAGUCCAUCGACAGACCUUCAGUUUAGAUCACCCUCAGAGAAGGAAGAUAGAUGUUUCUUGUCUGCUAAAGAGAGGUAGUUAGUUAAGUUCGGAACUCGGGCCUCGGAAAUUUGACUGCAAUCAAACCAAACACAGGAAAAGAACAAGCGGUUCGGACGCCACGGAGACCCAGCAGCACACCGAGAGCCACGCACUAAUUUGUGAGCAGAUUAACCAGCGAAAGGCUGCAAGACGCCACCCUCAGACAGCCACAAGACGCCACCCUGAGACGGCCACGAGACGCCUUCACCAAUCACUGACGGUAAGGCGUGUGCCCGCACGGCGACACAGCAUCUGCAACCAGCGAGGAGACAAAGCAACGCGUGAGCUCCAGCCUCAAAGACGGCCCUUUGGAAGUCAGCUGAUUCCCACGUUCCAUCAAUUGACAGUCAGUUUGACAGGUACAUCUAACUCAGGCAUAGGUAGUUACUCCUGUCCAUACUUAGGUUAGCUCUUUACAGAGACUCUUUCAAGUUUAAAUUUCCCGCGUCUUCCCGAGAACCACCCUGCCUCAUAUCAUUUAACUGAACCACUUCACGCGAGCUAUGUUGUCCUUUUAACCUUUGUCCUUUUUGUUGUGCUUUGUUCUAUUUUCUUUCAUCCAUCACUGAAUGUAGUCCAAGGUAGUUUAAUAUUUAGCCAAUAAACUUUUAUCAAAGCA